ACAGAAUACAGAUUACAGAUUCGUAUACAAGCCAUCAUAGCAGGUUAUCACAUGUUGAAUUAGCUGUUAAGAAGAUUAAGAUCUAUGGACGGAAAACGAAGUAAGCCUUGCAAAUCAACAAAAAAAAUUUGUCAACCCAAAAUAGAAAUAAAAACUGAAAGUGUGGAUUUGUUAAACAUGCAAUCGUCAGAAAAUAAAUCGAAAUCAUCCAAAGCGAGAGUUCAUGAUCGAAAUUUUACACCUGGUAAAGAUUUAUCUCUAUAUUCUGCAAAAGAUUCAGCUAAAAAAUUUGGAAAAUCUUCAUUUAAGAUGGAAUCUGACGAAAAUGAAGUAACAUCUACAACAAAUUUUGGAGAACCGGAGAAAAAAGUUUUCAGCACUGUGGAUAAAAAAUUUGAUCCGUCUCAAUGGCAGCCGGUCGUUAUUUUGGAAAAAAACGAUUUUUCUUCAUACUUAAAAUCAGAAAGUAAUCCAAAAAAGGAUGCUUUACAGAAAGUGGCUAUAGUCAAAUUGGAAAGAAUUGACUUGACUUAUAUGAAUAAACAUCGUGAUUCCACACUCACUCAAGAUUCCUCAAAAAAUAGGAAACGUUCCAUGGAUGAUCCGACCGAAAAGAAACUGAAAGUAAAGAAUUUACUAGCGAAACGUAUGCGGUCGCACUCAACCGUAGAUAUACCAAAAAACCGUAUGCAGUCGCACUCAACCGUAAAUGUACCACAAAACCGUAUGCAGUCGCACUCAACCGUAAAUGUACCACAAAACCGUAUGCAGUCGCACUCAACCGCAAAUUUAAGCUAUAACAACCGAGAAUUUAUCCAUAAUCUCAAACGUUACAUGGAUGAUCCGACCGCAAACAAACUGACAGUAGAGAGUUUACUAGCAAAACGUAUGCCGUCGCACUCAAUCGUAGAUGUACCAAAAAACCGUAUGCAGUCGCACUCAACAGUAAAUGUACCACAAAACCGUAUGCAGUCGCACUCAACCGUAAAUGUACAACAAAACCGUAUGCAGUCGCACUCAACCGCAAAUUUAAGCUAUAACAACCCAGCAUUUAUCCACAAUUCCAAACGUUCCAUGGAUGAUCCGACCGCAAACAAACUGACAGUAGAGAGUUUACUAGCAAAACGUAUGCCGUCGCACUCAACCGUAAAUGUACCACAAAACCGUAUGCAGUCUCACUCAACCGUAAAUGUACCACAAAACCGUAUGCAGUCGCACUCAACCGUAAAUUUAACUUUUAACAACCCAGAAUUUAUUCAAAAUUUCAAACGUUCCAUGGAAAAUAAAUCUGGUUGUAAUAAUCCGAGAUGUAAUAAUCAUAAAGCAACAUUUGAUUGGCCGAUUGCAUACAUUGAAUGGAAAAACACUGGAAUGUUACAUGUCUGCUAUAACCCAUUGCCAUCCAAAAGCGCGCCCAAUACACAAUCGGAAACAAUUCUACUGGAGUAAGUUCUACCAGCAAAAUCGGUGCUGAUAUGAGAAUCUAUUAAUAAGAAGAAUGUCAUUACGGAUUCGGGAAAUAAUUAAGAAUCCUCCACUAAUUAAUGUUCCCCAACCCCUUAAUGAUUAAAAUAUAAAAGAAUAUAUCUAAGAAUUUAAGUAAUUUAUUUUUUUAAUUGAUUUAUUAGGGAAUAUUCACGAAUUUUUUGUAUUGCUUUUAUCAAAGCUGAUUCAUGUAA